AUGUAUACGAUGGCUAACCCACAAAGAAUUAUUGAUUUACAAAAGCGUUACCAAAAGUCUGGUGAAGUCUUGUGGUUAAGAGGUGCUAAGUCUAAGCUUUUGGUCUACCCAUUCUACGGUCUUUUUGCUGUUGCCACUGCUGUGCCUUUGUUCUAUGCUGGCAGAGCUGCCUUUGGUAUCAAGGCAAGAGAUUGA